AUGAAUGAUGAAAUGCGAGAAAAGGAAGAAUUGUCAAUGAAGGAAAUUAUUAAUAGGAACAAUGAUCGAGGCAAUAUAGACGAAAAAAAUGAUAAUGAAUGUUUUGAAAGUGAUAAAAAUUUGCGUUAUUCAAACUAUUAUGAACAUAGUGACAAAGAAUAUAGAAGAUCUUAUGAUUUGAUAAAUUCCAUGAAUAGAAAUAUAAAAACUAACCAUGGGAUUAAUAAUGGGUGUAUUUUUAAUAGAACUUUUAACAAUGGGUAUACACAUUUAGAUGAUAUGAUAAAUUUAAAAAAGAAUGCGAGUAAUAAUAUGCAUGAAAAAGGUAAGCAUAAAAAAAAUUUUGAAGAUGCUGAGAAUAAUGAAAACACAAAUUUAUGUUCUAAUUUAAACGAAUCAUUAAUAAAAUUAUUUAGUUUGAAUUACAACAUGCAAGAACAUAAGACACAUGAUAGAGAAAACGAUUUGUACAAUAAAAUCUUGAAAACUAAUCCCAGCUUAAAUAUAAAUGAAAUGGAUAUGAUCAGUAGAGAUAGUAGAAAUGUGCAAACUGAUGUAAACCAAGAGGAGCUAAAUGAGUUAGUAGAUGAGAAUAGUGUAAGUAAUUGCAAUGAUUUAAGUAGAACUUUUAAGAAUUCUUCACAUUUUAUAAGUGAGCACAGCAAGGCUCAUAAUGAUUUGUCUAAUUCUUAUCAAGAAAGAGAAAAUAAACAUAUGAAUCAUUUUAUAGAUCAUAAAAAUAAGUUUGAGAAUAGUAUUACCCAUUUCAAAGAUAAGACAAUGCGGAAGAAAAAAAAAACUCCAAGGGAUAAACACAAUAACACAUCUAAUCCAUUAGAAUAUAAUUCUGAUGAUGGUAACCACAAAUUGGUUUGUAAGGUCAAUAAAAUUAAUGUGAAUAAUGGAAAUUCUUCAUAUAGUUCGAAUGCCUCCAAUGAAUCUAUAACUAGGAUGGGGUGUGUUCAAAAUGAUAAUGUAGAAUAUUUUAAGCACGAUGUAGCAAAGAGAAUUUUUGAAAAUAAUGAUCUGGUUCGUACAUUAAACAGAGAUAUACAUACGGAACCUAGUGAAGAAGAUAAUGAAAGCGAUAUAAAAAUUGGAUUACUUAACAAGUACAAUAAUAUGAAUUACGUUAGAAAUAUUAUGCAUGAUUUGAGUAAACUACAUGGUGAAGAAGUGAAUGGUGAAAAUUCAACUAGAUUAGCAAGAAAAAUGAACAUAAAAACUAUUGUUGAUAACACAGAAUUUAAUGUAUCCCAUGAUGAGAAUUAUAAGAAAAUGAUAAAUUCAGAUAUGAAUAACACGGAUGAUUCUGUUAUUUUUAAUUCAGCUAGUGGUAAAGUAAGCAAAUUAGGAAACAAAAAAGGAAACAAAAAACAGACCAUACUGACUAAGAAAAAUGGGAAUAGCGUUUUAGGAUGUGAUGAGGAUUACUCAAAGAAGAUGUACAUUAGUCAUGAAAAUAAUUCACAUGAUGUGGUAAUAUAUGAUAAUGGCAUGAAUACAAACGAAGAAGAUUUGCAAAAUAUGAAUCAAAUAUCUGGGUCUAGUAAUAUGAGUGAAGAUAAUAUACCAAAGCAGAUCAUGUAUAUGAUGCAAGGGAAUGCUGCCACAAUUAAUUAUGAUUAUAAGAAUUACAAAUUGAAAGACUCAAAUAACGUCAAUGAAUUGAAGAAUAUGCAACAAAAAUAUUCGAACAGUUCUGGCGAAAAUAUGUACAAAAUGAGUAAUAAUAAUAAUAGUAUUACUUAUAAUGUAAAUGAUAAACAAAUAUCUAAGAAUAAAGUCAUUUUGAACAAUAGCAAUGGUUCCUACAAGAAUGAUGAAUAUGAUAAUUAUAACAAGACAGAGGAAUGUAGCGAUAAGUCUAACGACUUGAGCAGGGUGAACAGUUUGAAGAACUUGAACAACCUGAAAAACUUGAACAUUGAGGAUGGAGGAGAACUUUAUCGUAAUUUUAAUUUUCCAGUGUUGAAAAAUGCAAAUAAGGAUCGAGAAAAUGCUUCAAACGUAUUCUCAGUUAACGAUGCAAUUGCCAAUUUGUGUGAACUGCUACAAAAUAGCAAUAAGAAAAGUGUCGAUAUAAAGUCAGGCACUAAAUUGGUUAAUAUGAACUAUGAAGGCAGAAGUAACGGCAAAAACCAAGGGAACAACAAUCACCAUUCAGUAUAUACAAAUGAUGGAAGUUACAACUGCAAUAGAAUUGAUAACAACAAUGAAGUAAGAGUUUCAAGGGAAAAUAUAUCACACAAUUCUGUAGAUAAUUAUGGCAAAAUAAAUUUCAAAAAUAUAAACCAUCGAAAUAUGUUUUCGUCUCUUUUACGAAGUGUAAAUGGUGAUAAAUUUAACUACUUAAAACAAUCUGAUGAAUUUUUAAGCACUGCGAAGGUUGGAUCAGAUACACACACAGAUACAAACCAAUAUGAUUCUGUAGAAUAUGUGAAGAAAAGAAAUGAAUCUAUUAAUUUUGAAAUUGAGGAUGAAUCAUUUAAACACGAUGAAAAUAAAACUGAUAAUAAUGAAUUCUUAGAGCGUGGGAAAACGAAUGAUGAAGAAGAUUUUGUUAAACAAGGAGAAAGAAGCGAUAUGGAUUCGGUAAGUCAGAACCAGAAUCAUCAUAAUAAUGAGAAUCUAUCUCUUCAUUCGCAACCGAUUCCAGUAGAAUAUAUGAGAAACCCUUCGACGAAAGAAACAUAUCAUGCGGGUUCUAGAAAUAAUACCACAUCGUCUUCUACGGCUUAUAUGAAUGAACAUUUUAGCCACAGAAAAGAAAGAGGAACGAGUGAUGAUUAUGAAAUGGAAACAGAGGAAGAUGAACGAAUGAGAGAUGAAAAUGAAGAAUCAUAUGAUGAGGAUGGAAAUGAUGAAUCCAAUUACUACAAAAAAAAUGAAGAAUUUAGCAAUGCACAGAAUGAAGUAAAAGGAAAAUUUAAAAAUUGUACAAAAAAAGGGGAAUUUUUGAAAAAUGAUUCUGUUGAGCGGAUUAAAGACACAAUUGACGAUGAAGAGAUGACGAAUUUUUCAAAGAACAAGAACAAUUUUCAUGUAAAACAUUUUGAAGAAAUUGGAAAGGCCAUUAUUAAUAUUAAGAAUAAUACUAAAAUUGAUGAAUUUACAAAGAACAAGUUAUUAAGCGUGAUAGAGAACUCAAUUUUUGCUGAUAAAAAUGGAAAUAUGCGAUUCUUUUAUUCAGAACAAGGAGGGAAUAUGCAAGACGAGGUGCAUCAGAAUUGUUAUGAUAAGGUGGCAAAUAAGGACAUUCAGCAAGGUGUUUCAACGAAUGUCUCGAAAUGUGAUUCAAAUUUUGAUUCAAAUUGUGGCACAAAAUGUGCUUCAAAAAACCGCACAAGAAACACAUCACAGAUUGAUAGCAAAGAGCCAAUGAGCCAUUUCAAUUAUUAUGGCAUCUCCAGAAGAAACAGAAAAAACGAAUUGAGCACUUUGAACAAUUCUUCCAAAACUGACGAACUGGUUAAUGAAAUGAGAAAAGGAAAUUCCCGAGAGUGUUUUGACACAGAUUCUAGUAUGAAAUAUAUAAUGAAUACACAGCAAGGAAAAAAUAUUCUAAACAAUUCUGGUUAUGAUAAUAGUGGGAAUAAUAAGCACAUGCAUGAAAUAAAUGAUAAGCAAUAUGUAAAUAAUUUUAGGACCAAGGAAAAAAAAAACAAAAAAUCAAAAAAGGGUGUGAACAUGAUAGGAAAAAUAUAUAAUGAAGAUGAAAUGAACAAAUCGGGAGAAAAUUUCUCCAGAGACAAAGAUGGGAAUUAUGAACGCGACAUAAAAGGAACGGGCAGCAACGACAACGAGAAGGAGAACGGAAACAGUAGCAGCAAUAGUGAAGACAGAUGUGUGAACGAUCAAAUCAACACUAAUAUUAACAACCUGAAACAUGAGAAACAACAAAGAACAUUGAUGACAGGAAUAAUUAAGAGAGGGAAACGCCCCAUUAACUAUAAUGAAGAAAAUAGUCAUGGCGAAGCAAAAAAAAUACCAAUGAAAAGAAGUGAAAUAAUACAAACGAUGGAAAAGUAUGGAAGUGAAGAAAUAGAAGAUGUAGAGGAUCGCAUGUUUUUGUAUAGAAACACUGACAACUGCAAUGGAAAGGAUAGCACUUCUAGUAGUGUUCUUGUAAACAGUAAUGAUACAUGCAGAGAGACAAAUACAAAUGUUGAAGAUAUUGCAAACGGAGAAUUUUCAUGUGAAGAGAAGAAACAGGCAUAUAGUGCUACUUUGAAGGAGGAAUUAAAUUCAUACAUGGAUUCAAAUAAAAGUUCAUAUCAGAAAAAACGAAGUGAUAACGAGGAAGAAAUUGAACGUAUUCAUGUACGAAAUGAUUAUGAAGAAAAUGAGGAACUGACAAGAAAUACAAAUAAAUACGAGUCAGAUGAAGUAUGUAGUAUGAAAUAUGAACAAUCUAAUGAUGAAAAGAAACAAAAAUUGUAUUUAUCUGAUCAUUUGAAAAGUAAUAAUUUAAAACAAGUUAAUGAUAAUUACUUUAAGCUGAAUUCAAAUUUUCCAAGCAAUUUGCUGAGUACCAGCACGAGCAGCAGCUAUAGCAAUGAAAAUCUGAAAGGCAACACAAAUAAUUACAGUUUUAACGAAUUGUCUUCUAAUACAUUAACGAAUAAAUUUCAUAUGGAUGAAAGUAUGCCAAGUAAUUUAAACAUAAGUUCACAAAUAUAUAAGAAUAAUUCUAGUUCGUAUGAUAAGAAGAAAAAAAAAAAUGAUAAAAGAAAUUUAGACAGCCUUUAUAGCAACACACCGACGACAUAUGCAACCUGUAUGAAUGAUUGCAGUAAUACUAGUAUUAAGUUUGUAGAUUAUGAUAUGAACGAUGAGAACUCUCAUAAUCAGAAGAAUAAAAAACAUGUUUUAAAUGUAAAAAACAUGAGCGAUGAAGAUAGCAAUAAGGUUAUUUCUAAUGCUUCAGCACACGUGGAAUACGUAACAAAGGAAUUUUUGAAAUGCAAUAAAAACAUUAUGAAUAUGAAUAAAAAAAUGGGAGAAAAACUGAAUUGUGACAGGAUCGAUUUACUAAUCAGUCCGGAGGAAAAUCCAUACAAUGAUAUCAUAAAUAGCGAUCAAAAUGUAUCAUAUAAACUGGUUAACGAAAAUUUUGAUGACAGUAGUAAUGCUAUUGAUGAUUGUAGUGAUGGCAAAAACAUAUGGGAAAAUGAAAAUGACGAACAUGCUGGGGACGUUUUAAAAGGCUAUGGAGGAGGAGAUAACGGAAAUUCGCAAAUUGCACACUCUCAAAGUACACAAUUGCAAAAUACCCAAUUUGAUGAAAACCUUUUAUUUAAAAGCAAGAGCCAUAGUGAUAAUGGAAAAUUAUUAAAUUUUUUCCUGAAAAAGAAAAAUUCCUCUUCUUCCUAUUCUGAUUAUAAAGGGGAAGGAAUGUCUCAUAUUAGUUCUCACAAGCCUCAUAAUCUGAAUGAAAUGAAGAGUGAGAAUCAGUUUUCUCUAACCCGAACGAACAGUUUGAACAUAAAUUUGGGAACAAUGCCACAUGAUCAAAUGGACUAUGAUGAUGCUAUUCAGCACAAUCGUAAUUCCAUUAAUAAGAAUAAGACGAAUAUGUACGAUGAACUAAUCAGAGUUAGUGGGGAACAAAUGGACAAUUUGAAUCUCUCGGAUUAUGUUAAUAUCUCUGAGGAAAUGUACGAUAGACCCACAGUGGCGAGUAUCAGCAAGGAUUUGAGUUCUAAUGAAACUAUUCUAAAGGGCAAGGUCGAAACGGAUAAUGCUGUCGUGAGUAACUUAGCAAAUGAUAUAGCUAAUGAUAUGACGACCGAUGUGGCUAACAAUAUGACUAACCCUAUGACGGACGAUUUGAUGAACAAGAAGAUGAAUGACAUUCCAAAUGAAACGUCGAACCCCUCAGGGUCCACCACAAAAAACGAAGUUGACAUAACCAUCUGCACGUUGGCGAAUUGCCCAACCCACAACCCGCAAAGCUACACGAAAAAUGUUUCGAGAAAAGGAGAUGCACAAGGAGAUGGAGGAAUGAUGAAAGAGGAAAAUGAUGAACUAAAAAGAAUACCAGGAGUUUAUUAUGAUAAGAAUUCUCAGAGAUGGUUUGGAGAGCACAAAAUAAACGGCGUCAAAUGUGCUCAGAGUUUUGCAGUAAAAAAACAUGGAUGCGAAGAAGCCAAAAGGUUAGCAAUUGAAUGGAAAAAGGCAAGAAUAAGAGGUGAAGUUUGGGACAGAUUUAUAAAUAAGAAAAAAAAAAGCAAUAAUAAUCCAAAUUGUGUUAAUAAAACUACGAAGACUAGUCGUCCAUCAGUGGAAGAAUUACGAAUAAAAUAUUUGUCCAUGAGUAAAAAUAUGCCAAAGGUUAGAGGAGUGUGGUUUAAUUCUACUCCACAGAGAAUGGGUUGGGUAGGACAAGCGUACAAAAAGUGUAAAAGAAUUGAAAGAAUUUUUUCUGUUAAUAAAUAUGGCUUUGAAGGGGCAAGAAAAUUAGCUAUUGCUUUUAGAAAUUCACAAAAACCAUCAAAUGAAGAUAGUGAUGAAGACAGUUGGUCAAAAGAUGAUAAAAUGAAUAUUAAAAAUGGGGAAGAAAAUUUAAAUAAUUAUGAAUAUAAAAAUGAAUAUUCAGGUUCGAAUGAAAUUCCAUCUAAAAAUAAUAACAGCAGUAGUAGAAGUAGCAGCAACGACAUUAAUAAUACCAAAAUUGAAAGUAAAGAUACACGAAUUAAUUUAUGUAGAGAUGCAAUGUUAUUCAUUUUACACGAUCUUGAGACUAUAUUAGAAUUAAAUAUACCCAUGUUACACAAAAAUGUCAAUAUGUACAAAAUCUGUAUAAAACACCAUUUAAACUAUUUAACUUUAAUUAAAAGUGAAGAACAAAUUAUUCCAUACCUGAACGUAUUUGGUGAUUACAUUCAGAGAUGUAUAUUGCCCACUGAUUUGCCUUACGCUGAACUUUAUGUAUUAAUAGAUUCUCUAAUUCAUAGUGAUAUAUUACCCUCCUUUGAUCAUAAGGAAAAUUUCUCCGAUUAUUCCAUGGCAGAAGAUCCCGGAAUUAUAACACCCUCUAUGUUGCUAUGA